AUGGAGGGUAGUGAUUAUUCGAAGGCCGGUACGAGCAACGCAGUCCAUGCCGAACAUGCUACCCUAGGUCACCCUGAUGUGGAUAUCCCUGACGUUACGUGGUGGAAGCACGCUGGGCUGCGCCAUCUUUAUUUCAUGAUGCCGAUUCUCUUUCUGGGUGCUUCUACGAACGGGUACGAUGGUUCGUUGUUGAAUGGGCUGCAGACAAUGACGCCAUGGCAAGACUACUUCAAUAACCCUAGCGGCUCGACGCUGGGCCUCUUCACGGCGAUUCAGAAUAUCGGUGGUGUCUGUGCACUCUUUAUCUCCUCAUAUGUGGCCGAUUUGUUCGGACGCAAGAAAGGUGUUGCCAUUGGCUUGGUGAUACUCUUUGUAGGAACUGUCAUCCAAGUUGUCCCAUCUGUCAACUCGAGCAUGUUCCUCGCGGGCAGAUUUCUAGUUGGUCUUGGAUCCAACGUGAGUCAAGGAUCUGCACCGCUUCUUAUCACCGAGUUGGCCCAUCCUCAACACCGUGGCAAACUGACCACCAUGUACAACACGAUAUGGUAUGUUGGGGCGAUCAUCGCAGCGUGGACCGUGUUCGGAACAAUCAAGUAUACUUCAGAAGCAUCGUGGAGAAUACCGGUAGCCAUGCAAGCAGCGAUGCCUUUGAUUCAAUUCAUUGGAAUAUGGUUCUUGCCAGAAAGUCCUCGCUGGCUCUGUUCGAAAAACAGACACGGGGAGGCAUUCGCUAUUCUGGUUAAGUAUCACGCGGAUGGAGACAGAGAUGAUGCAUUCUGCGCAUUUGAAUUUCAUGAGAUCCAAGAAACUAUUCGAUUGGAGAGAGAAAAUACCCAGAAUGGCUGGGCUAUGCUGGUUCAGACGCCAGGGAAUCGUAAGCGACUGUUGCUUAUUGUCUUGGUCUCCUUCUUCUCUCAGUGCUCCGGCAACGGCUUGGUCUCGUAUUAUUUGCAUGAUAUUCUGAAAUCCGUCGGGAUUGAAUCAUCUUAUGAUCAGUCCAUGAUUAACGGCGCCUUAACAAUCUGGUGCUUUUUGGUCGCCCUUGGCUGCUCCUCUUUCCUGGUCGAUAUCCUCGGUCGACGCCUGCUGUUCAUGAUUGCCGGAGUCGGUAUGCUGAUUACAUUCAGUAUUUGGACAGGUUGCUCAGCAGAGUAUGCACAAACUGGCAAUCAGAGUGCUGGAAGUACUGUCAUUGCCAUGAUUUUUCUCUUUUAUGGAGUUGCCGGCUUCGCUUGGCCCGGAUUAACAGUCGCAUAUCCCGCGGAGAUCCUUCCAUUCAGCAUUCGAGCCAAGGGUCUUGCCGUCACGAUGGCCGUUACGGCUUUGUCCUCCGUAUUCAAUCAAUAUGUCAACCCGAUUGGUCUUGAAUCAUUGCAGUGGCGGUUUUACUUCGUUUAUAUCGCCAUCCUGGUUGUCGAGUGUCUUUGUAUCUGGUUUCUCUUUGUGGAAACUAAGGGGCCGACACUCGAGGAAAUCGCAAAGCUGUUUGAUGGGGAGCACGCUAAUGUCGCCGGUAAUGUAGAACUCAUGCUUGGGCAAAAGGCCAGGUCAGAAGGUCCUUGA